CUGGAGGUCCCACUGGGGAAAAAGGUCACGGGCUCUUUUUAGUGGUGUUUUCGGCUCUUUACUGCGUCUGUUCUCAGCCCARCCUUGUGCAAGGCUCCUGGGUGUCGCAAGGAUUUCUCACCCUGCAGUUUUUKCGUGGGGUUUCAAACACAUCCCCCGGGGCUGAAGGCACCCCGUGCCCUCUGCAGGGUCCCUGUCUGUGCUCUCAGGGAUCCCAAAGGCAAAUCAGAGCCCAGAUCCUCCGGGUCACCCCCACCACUCCUCUCCAUCACCCCCUUCCCUGCUCAGUUUUGCCUUCUCAAGACAAUUCCUCUCCACUUGCUCCCGAUUUUUCUCUCAUAACUGAUAGCGGGGACUGGAUGUGACACUUUCUUUUUGUCCCCAUCCCCACCCACCCCAGGGGGUGCUGGGGAGCAGGGUUGGGGUGCCUGGAAGGAGCCCUGAGCGCGUUUCCGCUCCGCUAAAAUGGCCACGCUGUGAUAAGGUCUGUGGUUUCCUCCUCUGAGCAGGGGGGAAGCAGCAGUUUGAGGCAGAGCUGCAGCCCUGCCCCACGCUCAGCAUCCCCCUGAGAUGGAUCCUGCGGGUGGGACACCCCCGGGGACCCUCCCUGGGGAGGAGAGCCCCGAGAUGGAUCUGUCCCACCGGUUCUCCAAGGAAGAGCUGGCCCUGCUCUACGAGGAGGUUCUCUACACCAUCCGCCACCGCCUGGGCAAGCCCGAGCAGCAGCACGUCGGGGAUCCCCAGCAGCUCUACUCCUACGUGCAAAAGGCGUUCGGCAUGGGGCCAGAGGAGCACCGAGCCAUCAUGCAGCAGGUCAUGGAGCUGGAGAAGCCCAUUUACUGCCUGAAAGCCACUGUGAAGGAAGCCAAGGGGAUUUUGGGCAAAGACGUCAGCGGGCUCAGUGACCCCUACUGCCUGCUGGGUAUCGAGACCAGGAGCCAGGAGCCAGCCCACGCUGACCACAAGAAGAGGAUGAAGGCUGUGGUCAAAGAUCUCAUCCCYGAAGAUCAAAUCCACCGCACCAAAGUGAUCAACCAGACCCUGAGCCCGGUGUGGGAYGAGAAGUUCAUCCUGGAGUUUGAAGAUGUGGAGAGCGCCAGCUUCCACCUGGACAUGUGGGACUCGGACGUGGUGGAGUCGAUGCGGCACAAGCUGGGGGAGCUGACGGACCUGCACGGCCUCAAAAGGAUCUUCAAAGAAGCCCGCAAAGACAAAGGGCAGGACGAUUUCCUGGGGAACGUGGUGGUUCGGCUCAAGGACUUGCACUGCUGGAAUGACCAAUGGUACCAGCUGGAGCCACGGACAGAGACCUAUCCUGAGCGGGGACACUGUCACCUGCAGUUCCUGCUGACUCACAAAAAGAGGGCCACCACGUGCAGCCGGACACAGCCGAGCUACACCGUGCACCGCCACCUCCUGCAGCAGCUGGUGUCCUACGAGAUCCUCCAGCACCAGGCCGGCAGCACCUCCUGGGACGGGGAGCUGAGCCGCCAYGCCAGCACCGUGCUGUACCUGCAUGCCACGCAGAAGGACCUCUCGGACUUCCACCAGGACAUGGCGCAGUGGUUGGCCUACAGCAAACUCUACCAGAGCCUGGAGUUCAACAGCAGCUGCCUCCUGCACCAGAUCACCAGCAUCGAGUACCGCUGGGUGCAGGAUCGCCUGAGGCCGGAGCAGAAAGCAGAGCUGGCCGARUCCUUCCAGUCCUUGCUGACCUACGGCGUCUCCCUCAUCCGUAGGUUCCGCAUCAUCUUCCCCCUCUCUGUGCCGAGGUCCCAGGAGAGGCUGCAGUCCCUGCUCCGGUGAGUUGGGCACUGCUGCUGGCCACUGUGAUGGACAAACCCCUGAGCCAAACUCAGAGUGAGCCAUUUGUCCCCMUCCCAGGCUGCUGUGACCUUCAGGGCUCCUCUCUUGCAGUCGGGCACCUCGGAGUGGUUCCACAUGCAGAAGCAGCACCUCAAGCCCAUGGUGAAGAGCAUGGAGGAGAACAGCAAAGCCUUGUCCAAGCUCCUSCUGGAGGUGAUAGAAGAUCUCAAGCAGUGCCAGAGGAUCUGGAAUAAAUUGUUCAGCACCACCUUGAGGUUGAAUAUCUUCUCCAUCGCCUACCUGGAGCUGGAGAGCCUGGUCGCCGAGCACGUCCAGGAGCAGCUGCACAAGGUGGACAGCAGCAUGUCCAGACCCAUGGCCGAGAGCCUCUUCGACCUGUACAGGAAACUGCAGCAGCUCCAUGGCAUGAAGGAUUCGCUGCCCAGGAGGGAGGGCCCUCUGGCCCUGAGCGAUUUCCACCAGUGGUUCGAGGAAGCCCUGCCCCUGUGGCURCAGAAAGCCUACACCACCACGCUGGAGAGGGCUCAGAGAGCYGUGCAGAUGGACCAGCUGAAACCCUACGGGUACCACAAGCACAGCACGUCCACCGUUGACCUGUCCACCUGCUACGCCCAGAUCGUGACCACCUGGCAGCAGCUCAGCUGGCCAGACCCUGAGAAAGCCUUCAUGAUCAUGGUCAAUCUCCUGGAGGACAUGUGCAAGAUCUCCCUGAUGUACUGCAGGCUCAUCAAGGGCAGGGCUGAGGCGCUGUCRCUGAGCGAGCAGGACGAGGGCGAGGCGGCCAACAAGCUGUGCAUCGUGGUGAACAACAUCGAGCAGCUGCGGCUGCAGAUGCUGAAGCUGCCGUCACAGCUGGACUGGGCACAGCUGGAGCAGCGCACGAGGGGYGUCAUCGACCCACAGCAGAUCCAGAACACUCUGCACCACCAGCUGGACAGCACCCUGGCCUGCCUGGACCAYGAGGUCCGGGACGUGGUGCAAGCCCUGGCCACCAAGCUGGAAAAGGGCAUUGCCAGGCACAUCCAGGAGCUCUCCUCCUCCAGUGACACCCAGAAGCCUGAGGAUUCCAUCAUCCCUCUCAUGAAGUUCCUGGAGUCGGAGCUGCAGUACCUCAACGAGCACCUGGUCCAGGAGAACUUCAAAAGCCUCCUCGCCCUCCUGUGGCACCACACCCUGUCCGUGCUCUCGGCGGCGUCAGGGCCGCAGGUGCCCUCAGCUCAGCACUGCCAGAGGCUCUUCUGUGCCCUGAAGAGCCUGGAGCUGUGCUUCCACGCCGAGGGCUGCGGGCUGCCGCUGGAGACCCUGCACAGCGCAGAUUUUCGGACGCUGGAGACCCACCUGGCCCUCUGCUCCGCCAGCAGCCACAAACUCAUCCAGAAAUACUUCAGCAACAGGAUCCAGCAGCAGCUGGACACCAGCUCAGAGAAGUACGGGGCCGUGACCAUCAAAGCCCUGUACCAGCCUUCGGAGCAGAAACUCCGCGUGGAAGUGCUCAACGCCACCAACCUCAUCCCGCUGGACUCCAACGGCUCCAGCGACCCCUUUGUCCAGCUGACCCUGGAGCCCCGGCACGAGUUCCCCGAGGUGGUGGCCAGGACCACSCAGUGCAAGAAGAACGAGCUGCACCCCCUCUUCGACGAAGCCUUCGAUUUCUUGAUCCCCCCCGAGAAAUGCCGGCAGGAGGGGGCCUGCCUGCUGCUGACCGUGUUCGACUACGACAUGCUGGGGGCAAACGACCUGGAGGGCGAAGCUUUCUUCCCCCUGUGCCACCUGCCCGGCCUGGACAGCCAGGAGGACGAGACUGACAUGGCACGRGUGCCCCAGACCCGGCUGCCCCUGACCCACCCCAAACCCACGGAUGAGAUCCUGCAGCUGCUCGAGUCCAGGAAAAGGGACAGAGAGGCUCAGGCCUUCGUGAAGCUCCGCAAGCARCGAGCCAAGCAGUCCAAGGAGACAGAGUGAGGGGAGGAGCAGAAGAGGGUCCUGAAAGGAGGGGUCCGGCCAGUGGGACCUCAGGAUUUCUGUGGUGUCGGAGCCAGAACCAUCCACAGGGAUUGGGGACACAGAGGGGUCCCUGUGCCCGCCCCACGUCACCCCCAGCACCCAUCUCAGCCCCACCUUCGGGCAGCAGUGCUCCUGUGAGCUGGGGAGGGUGGGCAGAUGGAUUUGAGGGGGUUUCUUUGCCUGCCUGGACUGGUAACACUACACGAGGGAUGGGAAAGUGUGGCUGUCCCUGUCUGUCCCUCUGGAGUUUGUCACUGCCAGUGCUGCAUCUCCUGGCCGUGUCCCCAACCCUCCUGUGUGCCACGUGACCGAUUCAGGCUGGGGACAGCCAUGGCCAAACUUGCCUUCAUUWUAUUUUUGAAAAAUAUUUUAAUUCUUUUCUCCCCUCA